AUGGCGGUGAAAGAUACAAAUGAAUCAAGGAGUACAUCGACUUUUAAAAUAAUUGGACUUAUUUGGAUUGUUAUUGAAACUAAUCUAGUUGCAGGAAAUAUAUUUGGAUUUGGUUCCUUAUUCAGUGUUUUACCUCAUUAUGGUAUAUAUGAAUCUCGUUGUAAAAUAAUAUCAGAAAAAAUUAUUUCAAAUGAUACAAAAACUAUAACAAAAGAUUGUCGAGGACAAAUUGAUGAAUAUCAAUUUGCUUUUGCAUUAGGUAUUGGUUUUUAUAAUUUACCAGCUGUUGUUGUUGGCAUGAUUGCAGAUUUUUUUGGACCACGUUCUCUUAAAAUGAUUGCAAUUGUUUUUCAUUUAAUUAGUUGGUUUUCAUUAGCAUUUUUAAAACCUGGUUAUGAUUGGCUUAUCUUAUCGCAUACAAUAUUUUCAUCUCUAGCUGGAAUGUGUGUUUUACUAUCAUCAUUUUCAAUAUCAGCAAAUUUUACUAAAACACGAGGUUUAGUUACAGCAUUGAUAUCUGGUGCUCAAAUUGGUGGUUCUGUUUGGUAUGCAAAUUUUCAAAUUCUUAUCGAGAAAAAUUGGAUUUCACUAUCAACAUUAGCAUUUAUUUGGGCUUCAUUUUCAAUUUUAAUGUUUGGUAGUGCAAUGCUUUUUCUUAAUUGGCAUUCUAAGUGUGCUAAUGUAUCGAAUAAAAGAAAAUUAUCAACAAAUGAAGAUGUUGCAAUAAGAACAUCAGACGAUUCUUUAGCUCGACAUUUAACAGAUCCAAUUUUUGUUGUUGUAACACUUUUUCUUAGUUGUCUUCUUCUUACUGUAGCAUAUUUACCUGUAGUUUGGUUUCCAUGGGUUCUGCAUUUAACUGGACAUAAUUUACAUUUAGCUAAUCGUUUUACAUUCGCAUAUAAUAUGAGUGCAAUAUUGAGUAUAUUUAUUGCACCAAUAUGUGGCUUAAUUAUUGAUUAUAAAGCCGAUCAAGGUCGUUCUCAACGAAUGCUGAAUAUUUCUAUUUUACAAACAAUAACUUGGCUAGCAACAAUAAUACUUUGUAUUGUUUGUAUGUUUCGAUCAAUAGCUGCUCCUAUAGCUGCUAUAUUGAUUUUCCUCUUUUCACGUACAAUGCUCGUUGCUGGAUGUCAAGCAGUUAUCACUACAAGAUUUCCACCUCAAUAUAUCGGUAGUCUUCUUGGAGUAAUGUGGACUACAGCAGGUAUUGUUAGUUUUGUUACAUACGGUUUAACACGUCUUGCAACAAAUCCAAUAUAUGCUUGGAGAGCAUGGUUAGUGAUUUUAUGUUUGUGUAUAGUAAUGGUUGGACAUAAUGCUGAUCCAUCGUCAUCAUUGUCAAUAAAUGUACCAUCAGAAAAUCGCACGGAACGUGUUGUAUAUAUAUCUCUUCCAUCAAUAUUUUCAAGAGAUAAAAUUUCUUCUUCUUCUCCAUCAUGUAAAAAUUGUUUUCAUUUUCGUACAAUUAAAGGAGGAAGUCGAAUGUUAAUUGAUCCUUGUGGAGAACCUGAUUGUGUUCCAAUAAUAAAAAGUCCUAACUUACAAGAAAUUGAACCAACCGAAAAAUACGAUUUUGAACAAUGUGGAAUAUUUGAUAAAAAAGAUAAUUCAAUUGUAAAUAAAGCAUUACAAUUAAAAGUAAGCACAAGUGUUAAAAAUACUUUACGUCCUGCUGAAUAUCCUUGGCUUGUUCGUAUAGAAAGUCGUUCGGAUAUUUUCUCACGUACAGUAACACUCUGUGCUGGAACACUUAUCCAUCCACAAUGGAUCAUAACAGCUGCUCAUUGUAUGUUUGAUACUAAGAAAAAUAGUCCUUAUGCAACAAAUGGUAUUACUUUAUAUAUGGGUCAUUAUGAUCGCUCAACCAGUAGCCUAAAUGAACAUGUAGCAAAACCUAUUUUAUAUUUGAUUCAUCCAAAAUUUCGUCUUAGUAUUUUAUCACCAGCACCAAUACAUGAUAUAGCAUUGAUUAAAUUAGAAAAACCUGUACCAUUAUCACAUUCAAUUGGUAUUGCCUGUUUACCAGAACGAACAGAUAAAUUAGCUGAUGGUACAUUAGCAUUUACAGCUGGUUGGGGUCAUUCAUCACCAGAUUCAACAGCUGUUAAUAUACCACGAAAAGCAAGAUUAAAAGUAGCUCCAAAAUCAUGUCGAAAUUUAAUGAUCAAUCAUAAAUUACAUAUAUGUGGAAGAAAUGAUCGUGGAAAUAAUAUUUGUAGUGGAGAUUCAGGCGCUGGUUUAAUGAUACGUGCUGGUAUUAAAUUAAAUAGAAAUCGAACACAAUGGAAAUGGUAUAUAUUUGGUGUAGCUAGUUAUGGUCUUGAAGAAUGUUCACAAAAUGUUAAUCAUGAUAAUGCAUUUGCAUCUGUUUCAACGGAUAUUGACUGGAUAGAUGAAGUUAUAGAUAAUUAUUAA